AUGAAACGCAUCGAGGUCGAUAACAUUGCCCUGGAAGCCCGGACCGAGCUUUUGCACGUCGAGAUCGACAACGGCCCAAUCUUGGGUAAAACCAUGGCCACCAACGCCGAGAGCGAUGGGUGGGGAGCGGAGGACUUAGCCAAGGACGAGGUCGCCCACUUUGCGCCAAUUAUUUUUGACCUGAUGGAAGAGCUUUCCAUGUCCUCGUAUGGCCACCUCCACGGCGUCCAAAAACGUCCUAGCCCGUUCUUCCUUAGCCUUUCCGUCGUCAUCGCUGUUCUCCCUCUCCUUGAUCUGCUUCUUCGAUCGUUGAGCACUGGUACUGUACCAUCCGACGGCGUGUUCGAUCGACUCGAGGAACUCGGCGUAGACUCUCUAGCCAAGUAG